AAUAAAGUAAAAUUGUGUGUUUGCCGAUAAAAUUUCGAAAAGACAGUGUUAGUACAAUUAUCAUCGGUUUUCCGCUUCGGCAAUUUGCAUUUCAGUAUUGCAUUUUCCAAGGGCGCGGCGACGAGAAAAUUCCACGCACUCCUGAGCCGCGUCUCUCUCGGAGUUAAAUAUAGUUGCUGUCCCAGGUAGCGACAUGUCGGCGGUGAUUCCCAAACACAACUUCAACGCCGAGGACGUCGUGAAAACUGGACGCACGUCUCUGUACAACAUAGCCGAGAUCAGAAAAUGGUUGACUUAUAUGCCCGCGUUUCCUGCCGUGUCCGACGAGCAGAUCGUGCUAUUCCUGCUCGCCUGCAACGAUUCCGUCGAAUUUACCAAAAGCACCAUCACGUAUUACUUCAAACACCGCGCGGUGGCGCCAGAGUUCUUCAGCAAUCGUGACGUAGACGGGGACGAACUGACCUUUACCCUCAAAGUAACGAAAGCGGCUGUGAUGCCCAACAGGACGAGAGACAAUAUGGCGGUCGUGAUAUGCGGCCUGAGAGACACGAGUUACUCGAAUUUUUACGUAGAAUCUCAAAUUAAAGUCACCCUCAUGUUAGUCGACCUCAUCUGCCGCGACAACCCCGCAAAUGGUUUUAUUUUCGUUAUUAAUUUGAAAGGGGUUGGCAUCAUGCACGUAACUAGACUGAAACUGAGCGUAGUCAAGAAAUUUUUCCAGUAUCUUCAAGAAGCAUUGCCCAUACAACUGAAACAAAUUCACAUACUCAAUACGAGUUUCGUAUUCGAUCGUAUUAUCUCAGUUCUCAAGCCGUUCAUGCAUAAGGAUUUGUACGAUAUGAUAAUAACACAUCCUGCGAAUAUGAACAAGGACGAGUUUUUCAAGAAGCACAUUCCUGCCGACUGCAUGCCAUCCGAUUUCUACGGCAGUCUGCCUGACCUCGAUACGCUGAGCGAACACACGAGGGUGCAACUGAGGAGGAUGAAGGAGUUUUUCGAGGAUGACGAGCAACAGAUGGACACCUACCGGCGGAAUAGGAAAUGAUUUUCCUGGUCGACUAGUUCAUAUUUAUUUCGGUAUUAAAAAUAAGGAAUUUAUAGCAAUAAAUGCUAAGAAAUGACUU